CUCAACCUGGCCUUCACCAUAGCCCACGAGCUGGGACACAACAUGGGGAUGAGCCAUGAUGACGACCAUGCUACCUGUACAGGCCACUCCCACAUCAUGUCUGGCGAAUGGGUGAAGGGCCGUAACCCCAGCGACCUAUCAUGGUCCCCCUGCAGCCGUGACGACCUGGAGAAGUUCCUCAAGUCCAAAGCCAGCAGCUGUCUGCUCCACACAGACCCCAGAAGCCGCUACAAGGUCCGCCUGCCACCCAAGCUGCCAGGCAUGCACUACAGUGCAGACGAACAGUGUCAGAUCCUCUUUGGAACCAACGCCACCUUCUGCAAUGACAUGGAGCACCUGAUGUGCGCGGGCCUGUGGUGUUUGGUGGAAGGAGACAAGUCCUGUAAGACCAAGCUGGACCCUCCUCUGGAUGGCACAGAGUGUGGAGCUGACAAGUGGUGCCGGGCAGGGGAGUGUGUAAGUAAAAGCCCUAUCCCACAGCAUGUGGAUGGGGACUGGAGCAUCUGGAGUCAGUGGAGCCAGUGCAGUAGAACCUGUGGCACCGGAGCUCAGUUCAGACAGAGGAAAUGUGACAACCCGCCGCCAGGUCCUGGUGGUAGUAACUGUCAGAAGGCCAGUGUGGAACAUAAAGUGUGUGAAGGUCCUCCCUGCCCUAAAGGAACACCCAGCUUCAGAGAGCUGCAGUGUCUUUCCCAUGACCGCCAGGCCGGAAAGAAGAAGAACAGCAUAUGGACCGCAGUCAAUAACGAUGAGAAGCCAUGUGCCCUGUUCUGUUCCCCUGUGGGGAGAGAUGCCCCAUCCUGGUGGCAGAGAGAGUGAUGGAUGGAAC